UGACACAACGUGCCUAUACUUCCCAGGAUUUAUCAACAACUGAACGUACACUACAGCUGCUACUCAAGCGAAGCGUAGUCUGAGCCCUUCUGAUUCAGUAAACGUACACGAUUUUACGCGGAACUGUGUUUCUUGCGCCAGCGAGUGCCCACUGGAAGUUAGUGUAGGUAGCUUAGGGGUGUGUGUGUAUGUUUAUAUUCGAUUGUGGGAAUCAUGGAAUAGCAGCACUGCUCUUUGCAUCCAUGAACCGUGUGCCAUAAAGUUCUCGGUCACGGCAUGUCCUCUCUGUGCUGGGUUUUUUGAUGGGGCUUUUAAGGUUGAAGAUGCCGCCGAAGUUUCAGCUCCUGGCUCUGUUGGCCUUCGCCGUUGUGAUGAUCUUUUUGGAAAACCAAAUUCAGAAGCUCGAGGAGUCGCGGGGGAAGCUGGAACGAGCCAUUGCCAGACAUGAGGUACGAGAGAUCGAGCAGAGGCACAUUCAAGAGGGGGCGAAGGAGACUCUGGUAGCCGAGGACGAUUUGGUGGUCAUCUAUAACCGAGUGCCCAAAACAGCCAGUACCUCCUUCACCAACAUCGCCUACGACCUGUGCAACAAGAACCACUACCACGUGCUGCACAUCAAUACCACCAAAAACAAUCCCGUCAUGUCUCUUCAGGAUCAGGUACGGUUUGUAAAAAAUGUGACGUUAUGGAAAGAGAUGAAGCCUGCGUUCUAUCAUGGACACGUUUCCUUUCUGGACUUUGCCAAGUUUGGAGUGAAGAAAAAGCCUAUUUACAUAAAUGUUAUCCGGGACCCUAUCGAGCGUCUGGUGUCUUACUACUAUUUCCUGCGCUUUGGUGACGACUACAGACCAGGCCUGCGACGCAGAAAGCAAGGGGAUAAAAAGACGUUUGACGAGUGUGUAGCUGCUGGAGGAUCUGACUGUGCUCCAGAAAAACUGUGGCUUCAGAUUCCCUUCUUCUGUGGUCAUUACUCUGAGUGCUGGAACAUCGGCAGCAAAUGGGCUUUGGAGCAAGCCAAAUACAACCUGGUGAAUGAAUACAUGUUAGUCGGAGUGACAGAGGAGCUGGAAGACUUUGUCAUGAUGCUGGAGGCGGCACUUCCUCGCUUUUUCAAGGGGGCCACAGAGCUCUAUCGGACAGGGAAGAAAUCGCAUCUAAGGAAAACGAGCGAGAAGAAGCCGCCCACCAAAGAGUCUAUAGCCAGACUUCAGCAGUCAGACAUCUGGAAAAUGGAGAAUGAGUUUUAUGAGUUUGCACUAGAGCAGUUCCAGUACGUUCGGGCUCACGCAGUGAGAGAAAAAGAUGGAGAGCUGUAUCUACUGGCACAGAACUUUUUCUAUGAGAAAAUCUACCCAAAGACUACCUGAGACUCAAUGCUGCUCCGUAACACUGUAUGCUGUGGUCAGAAACACUGGAGGGAGGACGCCGUCCGUUCUGUCCCACUGUUUUCCAUCUGGAUGUGUGCAUUAGGAGCAACUGAAACAAGUCCGUGCCACAGGGAAGAGUCUUGGGGCCAAAUAGCUUUCAAGAGCUUUACCUCCACCUCCCCCAAAGUACAUUUAAUUUCAAAGAAAUCUUAAAAGCUCUCUAAUGAGCUUAAAAAAGUCUUGUUCGUGUUGUUAUUCACCUUUCUGCCAUAGGGAUUUGAUACAGGUGCUGCCACAUUUCAGAACGUUUUGUUACAGUACUUAUUUAACGCAUUAAUGGUUCUGUUUUUUUGGGGUGUGAUUUUUUUUUUUUUUUUUUUUUUUUUUUUUUUUUAAUCUUAAGAGUACAGAUGAAUACUAAACAUUCUUAUCAAGCUGAUAAAGUGUUUUUUCCAAUAUAGUAAAAUCAGAAAUACCUUACGUACUUGUACUUUUCAAGAAACUAUUUAUGAGAUUUAUUGGAAAAACACAGAUGUGGAUGUAUUUGACGUAGUUAAAAACACACCACACAUCUUGUCUCCUAAAAAAAAAAAAAAGAGAGCAUUUUUCUGUUUGCUUUCUGCUUGGGGUUCAGUCUUGCAUUUUUUUCAGCAACUGCAGAUGAUAUAUUUUUAUCUACAAAUAUAUGUAAAUACCGGUCAUUACAGUUACAGCUGGACCAAAACAUUUAAAAAUAGGACGAUGAAGAAUUGAGUAUGAAAUGCAUUACUGUCACUUGUUCUUGAUAAACGGUAAUUCUUUUGUUUUAAUUUGCUUUUAUAUGUUUUAUGGCUGAAUUAUCGUGUUUUUUCUAUGUAGUUUAAACAUACUUUGUUACUCGUGGCAACAUAUCAUUAGUCUGCUGCUUUGAUUUUAGAUAUCAUGGAGUUAAAAUGUGUUUAAUGAAAGGAAGACUAAAUUCGUCGAGACUGUGCCUUUUUUCCUGUAACGCAGAGCUGUUAUCACAGCCAGUGUAAAUAUGAUUCGAUAUCUCAGCAUAUGAAUAGGUAAGGGGUGGUUUUACAACAUGAAAUGUAGGUACAGUUGCAUAGAUUGUCGUUGUUAACGUUAGUGUGGAAAUAGGCACCCAUCGUGUAAAAUUGUUUGCCUUGUUAAUGGUACUACAAGACUGGAACUGAUGUCUUUUUGAAAAUGGAAAUUUGUCUCCUGAGUACAUUAUACAGUUCCAGUGUUUCUAUGUACAUGAGCUUUACUCAACACACAGUUGUGCAUGGAAUGGGUGCUAGACUGCACAUUUGCCCUUAAAAACUAAAAGACAAGAUAUAAAGUAGAACAGUAGGACCUUGUGACAAAUUCUCACUUGUGAAUAUUUUGACAUUGUACGGGUUCUUUUAGGUGUUUUUAGUGUAUCGAAACCAAUCUGUACUGUAUAUGACACACUAGAGUAACCUGUACAUAUAAAGUAUGUAUCUGUUUUAAUAUUUCUUUUCUUUCGCAGUGCCACCAUGUGAGCCUGUUUUUCUCUCUUCUUUUUUUUCCCCUUUUUAUUUCAUUUCAGAUUGAGACUCCAGGAGCUUUGCUCUUUCCUUUUGACAUUGCUAAGGUAGAUUUGAAAACAGAUUUUUGGAUAUGUCCAUAAUAAAAAAGAGCUUGAUUUAUUAUUAUAAUUUCGCUAAAAUAUCUCAGCCUGUUUAUAUUUUCUGAAAACUCUUCUUUUUUUUUCUCUUAACAAUGGAGAAACAAAAAUACACGGAGGCUUAUUUUAUUUAAUAUUCUUUCAUUUUUUUUUUUUUUUUUUUUUUUACUUGCUACACGAAGACAAACCUUAAACAAAAAGGAACAUUUUUUAUGUUACACAAAGGCUGCAUUUAUUGAUUAAACGCAGUGAGAGCAGCAUAAGAACAAAAAAUAUUAACAUUUUUAAUUACUGUUUUCCAUUUUAAUAUAUUUGAAAAUGUAUUACUGGGAUGGUAAUGUUGAAUUUUCAGCAGUCAUUACUCCAUCUCUUCAGAAAUCAUUAAAAUAUGCUGAUUUGCUGCUCAAGCAUUUUAUUGUCUAACGCUGACAACAGUCAGGGUUUUAAAUAUUAUGAGGACCGUUUAUCAUAAUUCUUUGAUGAAUAGAAAGUGUUUAUUUGAAAAAUGUCUUUACUGACACCUUUGAUCAAUUCACUGCAUAUAGCUGAAUAAAUGCAUUUCUUUAAAAAUACAGUUUACUGACCCCCACCUAAAUUUUGACUGGUCCAUAUAUAUCUUUUCAUAGAAUAAAAUAAAAAACUUUUCUUAACCACCA